CGCCUAUCCAUUUUCCGAUAAUGAAAAUAUUGAUUUAGAUGAUUCUAAAUUAACCGAUACAAGUCCUCAAGACGAUAUUUUAGAUUUUUCGGCCAACUCAAAUAAAGCGUAUGAUGCCUCUGAGAACAUUGUUACAGUUGAAGAAUUCAAACCCUCUGAGAACAUUGUUACAGCUGAAGAAUUCAAACCUUAUCUCGAAAAUCUUGUAAAAACUAAUGAUCAUCUCUUUAAUCUCUUUAAACCACAUUAUCGUAAAUUUAAAGUUAUUAUGCUACCAAUUAGCAAAGGAUAUCAUUAUGUUUAUAAAGUUAUUGUUACCCCUAAAUCUAAAUUUGGAAAACCUAAAAUUUAUGAUAUUUAUGUAACUCCUUUACGUAAGAAGAAAUGCCUCGAAAUUGUUUCUAUUCCUCGUCACGCUCCCAGUCAAUGGAAAGCAAAAUUAUAA